GCCCCGGCUCCGGCUUGGCUCCUGCCCGCGUGGGGCAGACAGACGGACGGCUAGCCCCGCGAGGGCGAGCGGACUGCCGGGCGGAGGUGUCGGACAAGGAGGAGGAGACGAAGGAGGGGGCUGGGCAGGGGCUGGGCAGGGGCUGGGGCCCUGGCGGGGGAGACAUGCGAUUGGUGACCGAGCGGAGCGGACGGACAGCGCGCCCGAAAUGCAGGUGAGCGAGAGGAUGCUGGCGGGGGGCGUGAGGAGCAUGCCCAGCCCCCUCCUGGCCUGCUGGCAGCCCAUCCUCCUGCUGGUGCUGGGCUCGGUGCUGUCAGGCUCAGCCACAGGCUGCCCGCCCCGCUGCGAGUGCUCCGCCCAGGACCGCGCAGUGCUCUGCCACCGCAAGCGCUUUGUGGCGGUGCCUGAGGGCAUCCCCACUGAGACCCGCCUGCUGGACCUGGGCAAGAACCGCAUCAAAAUGCUCAACCAGGACGAGUUUGCCAGCUUCCCGCACCUGGAGGAGCUGGAGCUCAAUGAGAACAUCGUGAGCGCCGUGGAGCCUGGUGCCUUCAACAACCUCUUCAACCUCCGGACGCUGGGGCUCCGCAGCAACCGCCUGAAGCUCAUCCCCCUGGGCGUCUUCACCGGCCUCAGUAACCUGACCAAGCUGGACAUCAGCGAGAACAAGAUCGUCAUCCUGCUGGACUACAUGUUCCAGGACCUGUACAACCUCAAGUCACUGGAAGUCGGCGACAACGACCUCGUCUACAUCUCCCACCGAGCCUUCAGCGGCCUCAACAGCCUGGAGCAGCUGACGCUGGAGAAAUGCAACCUGACCUCCAUCCCCACCGAGGCGCUGUCCCACCUGCACGGUCUCAUUGUCCUGCGGCUCCGGCACCUCAACAUCAAUGCCAUCCGGGACUAUUCCUUCAAGAGGUUGUACCGGCUCAAGGUCUUGGAGAUCUCUCACUGGCCCUACUUGGACACCAUGACUCCCAACUGUCUCUACGGCCUCAACCUGACAUCCCUGUCUAUCACGCACUGCAACCUGACUGCUGUGCCCUACCUGGCGGUGCGCCACCUGGUCUAUCUCCGCUUCCUCAACCUCUCCUACAACCCCAUCAACACCAUUGAGGGCUCCAUGUUGCAUGAGCUGCUAAGGCUGCAGGAGAUCCAGCUGGUGGGUGGGCAGCUGGCUGUGGUGGAGCCCUACGCCUUCCGCGGCCUCAACUACCUGCGCGUGCUCAAUGUCUCCGGCAACCAGCUGACCACACUGGAGGAGUCGGCCUUCCACUCGGUGGGCAACCUGGAGACGCUCAUCCUGGACUCCAACCCACUGGCCUGCGACUGCCGGCUCCUGUGGGUGUUCCGGCGCCGCUGGCGGCUCAACUUCAACCGGCAGCAGCCCACGUGUGCCACGCCCGAGUUCGUCCAGGGCAAGGAGUUCAAGGACUUCCCUGAUGUGCUCCUGCCCAACUACUUCACCUGCCGCCGUGCCCGCAUCCGGGACCGCAAGGCCCAGCAGGUGUUUGUGGAUGAGGGCCACACAGUGCAGUUCGUGUGCCGGGCAGAUGGCGACCCGCCGCCCGCCAUCCUCUGGCUCUCGCCCCGCAAGCACCUGGUCUCGGCCAAGAGCAACGGGCGGCUCACGGUCUUCCCAGAUGGCACGCUGGAGGUGCGCUACGCCCAGGUACAGGACAACGGCACUUACCUGUGCAUCGCGGCCAACGCGGGCGGCAACGAUUCCAUGCCUGCCCACCUGCACGUGCGCAGCUACUCGCCCGACUGGCCCCAUCAGCCCAACAAGACCUUCGCCUUCAUCUCCAACCAGCCGGGCGAGGGAGAGGCCAACAGCACCCGCGCCACCGUGCCUUUCCCCUUCGACAUCAAGACCCUCAUCAUCGCCACCACCAUGGGCUUUAUCUCUUUCUUGGGCGUCGUCCUCUUCUGUCUGGUGCUGCUGUUUCUCUGGAGCCGGGGCAAGGGCAACACCAAGCACAACAUCGAGAUUGAGUAUGUGCCCCGCAAGUCGGACGCAGGCAUCAGCUCCGCCGACGCACCUCGCAAGUUCAAUAUGAAGAUGAUAUGAGGCCGGGGCGGGGGGCGGGGACCCUGGGGCGUGCCGGGCAGGGGAAGGGACCUGGCCGCCAUCCGCUCGCUCUCCAGUCCUUCCCACCUCCUCCCAGCCCCUCCACACACACUCUUUUUCUCCCUCCCACGCCGUCCCCUGCUGCCCCCGCUGGCCCUCACCGCCUGCCCUCUUUCUACCAGGACCUCAGAAGUCCAGGUCUGGGGACCCCACCUGCACAGGGGCACACGUUGACAGACUGGAGUCGGAAGCUGACACGGCACAGUCAAUAAUUCAAUAAAAAGGUUACGAACUUCCUCUGUAACUUGGGUUUCAGUAAUUAUGGAUUUUUAUGAAAACUUGAAAUAAUAAAAAGAGAAAAAAAAAAACUAUUUCCUAUAGCUAGUCGGAAUGCAAACUUUUGACGUCCUGAUUGCUCCAGGGCCCUCUUCCAACUCAGUUUCUUGUUUUUCUCUUCCUCCUUUCUCUUCUCUUCCCCUGUGGGGAGGGAUCACUCAGGAAAACAGGGAAGGAGGUUCCAGCCCCACUUGCCUGCCCACCCGGCCAGGGCAGUCGCCAGGAGCAGGUUUGGUGGUGGGUCUGGGCCCAGCUCUGGGCUGGCUGUUUGCAGAGAGCGGGUGGAGGGGACAGGGCUGCCCAGUGGGGAUGAGGGCCUGUCUGCUGAGCUGCCAGGCAGCGCUACUGCCAGGGGGCGGGGCCUGGCUCGGGUGUGGCUCAGACUCUGGACAGGGGCUGGGGUCCUCCUGGAGGACAGCACAGUCAGUGGAGAGAGCCAGGGGCCGAGGCCUAACUCUGGUCCCAGCUUUGCUGCUGACUUGCUGUGUGGCCUCGAACAGGUGAUCGAGCCUCUCUGGGCCUCAGUCUCCACAUCUGUAUAAACGGAAACGCUACUCCCCGCCCUGCCUACCUCACAGGGCUGUUGUGAGGAAUUGAUGAGAUGAUGUAUGUGAAACACUUUGUAACCUGUAAAGUGCUGUGCACAUGUGUGG